AUGUGGUGCCUUGUGGCAUUUAUCGUAUACCUUUGUGGAUUAAGCUCCGGCAUAGAAGAUUUAUCCGAAAUGCUUUGUAGUGAUGUCUCUAAUGGCGCAAUUGUGCCGAAUCUGCGCGAUUGUAAUUCAUAUUUUAUUUGUGGAAAUGUACCAAUGAUAAGCUAUUGUGAUCAAGGUCUCCAUUUUGAUGCAGAUAACAAAGUUUGCAAUUGGCCAGAAAUCGCAAAUUGCCAAUUUAAAAAGAUUAAUAUCUCAACGAAUAAACAUACUGAGAGUCAAACCACUACAUCAGACUAUACAAUUCCAAAGAAACUGAAUUUAGUCACUGGACCAGACUAUAUAACGCCAAAGGAAUUGAAUUUAUUGAAAACAGAGCUUGAUUCGGAUGUUCCUGGAUCAGACUAUGUAACGCCAAAGGAGGUGAAUUUAUUGAAAACAGAGCUGGAUUCGGAUGAAAACAUCAAUUUAAAUGAAUCGGACAUGACGCCGCAACAUAUUACUUUUAUAGCUUUUGAUGUGAAUACGCGAAAUCCAGUUAAUCCCAUGACGAAUUAUGAUCCUCUAAAUGUGGCAUGCAACCACUAUGGAACUUAUUUUUUACCACAUCCCAACGACUGCAGUUCAUAUUAUAUAUGCGCAUUCGGUCAUAUGAUGCAACACAAAUGCGGACGUGGCGCUGGAUGGAACUAUAAACGCCAAGUUUGCGAAGUUCGUCCGUUGACCGAAUGCUAUGCUGGAGCUACUUACCAAACGAACUCUGCUCAAUUAAGUACGGAAGUCAAGAUUUCUACAGUAUUUUCCAGUCAACAAUUAUUUAGCAAUACUCCAAUGAGUGAAGUGUGCAUGGCAUGCUUUGGUCUCACAAGUCAACCACCUGAUCCAAGUGUAUCGUCAAAUUUUGAGACAACACGAUUCAUACCCGCUGAACCUCAACGGCUACCUACAGCGCCGAUAUUAGGCCCAGCAGAUAUCCCUGAAGGCAAUGUACCUAAUUGUCCCAAAAACAGUCAAAUAUAUUUACCACACGCCACAGAUUGCGGCAAAUAUUAUAUAUGCAUUAUCGGUAUGCCAGUUUUAACCUCUUGCCCAGAGGGUUUGUAUUGGGAUCAAACGGCAGAGCUUUGUGAUUCAUCAUCGAAUGUAGUGUGUCCCUAG